GCGGUCAGUAUGGCACAACCCUGCGCUCCUCCUUCAGCUCCCGCUCCCAGAGCAACGGCGUGGACCCCAGAGCCUCGCUGUAUCAGCCGCUGGCCAAGAAGGAUUUUGGCACGCUGAAGGGCAGCGGUUGGUCCUCGCGCUCAGCGGUGGACCUCACCCCGCACAAGCGAAUGGCGACCAUCAGCAACGGGGGCCUGCCGAAGGGCCGAGGCUAUGCCACCGGCUAUGCCAUGUCACAGGCCACCAACACCUCGCCACGGCCCAACUCCUUCCAUGAGCGCACCUACCGGUCCCGGCAGAACUUCGACACCCUCUCUCUGCGCUCCCUGCGGCUGGGCACCAUCCGGGCACCCGCCAUGCGCACCCUCCAGCGCUUCCAGAGCAACAACCGCUCACGGCUCAGCACUGGCUCCUUCGGCAACAUGCAGGCAGUCUCGCAGGCGGGUGUCGGGAACUCCUACAUGGGGAUGAUGGAGCACAACUCCCGCGCACCCUCUGUGCGCAGCCUGGCCGAGUCCAGCCAUCACCAUCUCCAGGACCAGCGCAACAUGGAGAUGUACAAUGGGCACAGCACACUGCUCAGCCACCAGUCAGGAGGGUUUGAUGACAUUGACCUGCCCUCUGCAGUGAAAUACCUGAUAGCCAGCGACCCCAACCUGCAGGUCCUGGGUGCUGCCUACCUCCAGCACAAAUGCUACAGCGACAGCAAUGCCAAGAAGCAGGCCCGCAGCCUCCAGGCCAUGCCCAAGCUGGUGAAGCUGUUCAACAGCCCCAACCAGGAGGUGCAGCGCCAUGCCACGGGCGCCAUGCGCAACCUCAUCUACGACAACGCUGAGAACAAGCUGGCGCUGGUGGAGGAGAACGGCAUCUACGAGCUCAUGCGGACGCUGCGGGAGCCCGAUGAUGAGCUCCGCAAGAACGUCACAGGGAUUCUGUGGAAUCUCUCCUCCAGUGACAACCUGAAGGAUCGCCUGGCCCGGGACACGCUGGAGCAGCUCACAGACCUGGUCCUGGUCCCCCUCUCUGGGCUGGGGGGCUCAGGUGUCAUCCAGCAGAACCCUUCGGAGGCAGAGAUCUUCUACAACUCCACAGGCUUCCUCAGGAAUCUCAGCUCUGCCAGCCAGCAGACCCGGCAGAAGAUGCGGGAGUGCCACGGGCUGGUGGACUCCAUGAUCCACUACGUCAACAGCUCCCUUGAAGUGGGCAAGUCGGAGGACAAGAGUGUGGAGAACGCCGUCUGCGUCCUGCGCAACCUCUCCUACCGCUUGUACGAUGAAAUGCCCCCAUCCUCCCUCCAGCGCCUGGAAGGCCACAGGAGGAACAACAGCGGUAUGGUGACGGGGGAGCUGGUGGGCUGCUUCAGCCCCCAGAGCAAGAAAGCACGAGAGCACUACCUGAACGCAGACAUCGUCACCUUCACGGAGGUCUCCAAGGACCCCAAGGGCAUGGAGUGGCUCUGGAACCCCCAGAUCGUGGGCAUCUACAACCGGCUGCUGCAGCGCUGCGAACUCAACAAGCACACGACGGAGGCCGCCUCGGGCGCCCUGCAGAACAUCACCGCCGGGGACCGCAGGUGGGCAGGCGUGCUGAGCCGGCUGGCCCUGGAGCAGGAGCGCAUCCUGAACCCCGUGCUGGACCGCGUCCGCACCGCCGACCACCACCAGCUGCGUUCCUUAACAGGGCUCAUCCGCAACCUCUCCCGCCACGCUCGCAACAAGGACGAGAUGUCGACCAAGGUGGUCAGCCACUUGAUUGAGAAGCUGCCGGGAAGCAUCGGAGACAAGGCGCCACCGGCUGAUGUCAUCGUGAACAUCAUUGCAGUCCUCAACAACCUGGUGGUGGAGAGCCCUAUGGCUGCCCGCGACAUUGUCUACUUUGAUGGCCUCAGGAAGCUCUUCUACAUCAAAAAGAGAAGGGACAGCUCGGACAACGAGAAGUCCUCCAGAGCAGCAGCCAGCCUCCUGGGCAACAUGUGGCAAUACACCAAGCUCCACCGGGACUUCAAGAUGAAGGGGUACCGGAAGGAGGAUUUCCUCGGCCUGUGA